UAAAGCAGCUUUCUUCAAUGUGUCCUCUAGGCGUGCCAAAUCCCAGGAUUGUGGCUAAAGAAUGUCAUCCAAUGCACCUGGGUUGCACCAAACUGGGAAACCACGUUUUAAAAAAAUCCGCCGGUUCCUGGCGCUCCUCAGGCUCCUUCCCGCACAGCAGCAAUCCUCCUACGCAUCUCCGCUAGCAUCCUUCUCCCAGCUUGCUUGACUGGCCGCGUUUCAAGUCCUUUCCAAGCGCCAAUCCUCACAGCAACACACGGCGGUUUCCUCACUUUCUUCUUUCGCUACUCAACCCUCGCUCCGCUCCGAGCAGCCGCCACUUCGGAAACUUUGAAGGCGGAGACCCAGCAGGGAACAGCAGAGAAGCCGCCUUUCUCGACCGGCUAGCCACUAGUGGCUUGGAUCAAGCAUUCAAUAAGGACGCUUCGUUUGCGCGGGCUUUUUGCAAGCCUUAAGGGCAAAAAUCAACAGCAAAGGGAAGCGCGGUUAGUUUGUCGCUCGGCGCUCCUUCGCCUCUAUAAAGUUUCGGGUUUCGCGGGCGGGAUCCUCCGUCGCCCAGUUGUACUUUAUUCUGCAUCGAGGCGCUCGAGCUUUGAGGCUGCUCUUUCGAGGACUUUGCCCGGGAUCUCUUUAUCUAGUCUAAGAAAAAGGCGGGUUCUUAGUUGAAGGAGACUCUAGUUCUUAUCCCUCGAGCUUAAACAAAAAAUAAAAAAAUCCGACAACGCCUGGCAUGUCCGAGGAGCGAGGGAAGACAGAAGCUCGAUCCUGAACUAUGCGAGCCCUGAACAUUACGCCGGAACAGUUCGCGCAGCUCUUGCGCGACAACAACGUAACCCGCGAGCAGUUCAUUGCGCUCUAUGGGCUCCAGCCGCUGGUCUACAUCCCGGAGCUACCCGAGCGCGCCAAGCUGGCCUUCACGCUCACUUGCGCGGCCAUCUUCGGCCUGGCGCUCUUCGGGAACUGCCUGGUGCUGUACGUGGUGGCCCGCCGCAAAGCCAUGCGGACCGUCACCAACAUCUUCAUCUGUUCGCUGGCCCUCAGCGACCUGCUCAUUGCUUUCUUCUGCGUCCCUUUCACUUUGCUGCAGAAUAUCUCCAAUAAUUGGCUGGGAGGUGCUUUUGCUUGCAAGAUGGUGCCAUUUGUGCAAUCUACUGCAAUAGUUACUGAGAUACUUACAAUGACUUGCAUUGCUCUAGAAAGGCAUAAUGGCAUUGUUCACCCUCUAAAAAUGAAAUGGCAGUAUACCCACAGAAGAGCAUAUACAGUGUUGGGCAUUGUUUGGCUGUUGGCUGCUGCUGUUGGUUCACCAAUGUGGCAUGUACAAAGAGUGGAGAAUAAAUAUGACUUCCUUUAUGAAAAGAAAUACGUUUGCUGCUUGGAAGAAUGGCCAAGUCCUGUCCACCAAAAAAUUUAUGCCACUUUCAUUUUGGUCAUUCUUUUCCUUCUCCCAUUGAUGCUAAUGCUAUUGCUUUAUAGCAAGAUUGGUUAUGAGCUCUGGAUUAAGAAAAGAGUUGGAGAUGCUUCUGUUCUCAGGAGCAUUCAUGCAAGUGAGAUGUCUAAAAUUUCUCGAAAGAAGAAGCGAGCAAUCGUGAUGAUGGUGACUGUUGUGGUUUUGUUUGCUAUUUGUUGGACACCCUUCCAUGUAAUGCACAUGUUAAUAGAAUACAGUAAUUUUGAAAGAGAAUAUGAUGAUGUCACUAUUAAGAUGAUAUUUGGAAUUGUCCAGGUAAUUGGAUUUGCUAAUUCCAUUUGCAAUCCAAUUGUAUAUGCCUUUAUGAAUGAAAACUUCAAGAAGAACUUCCUUUCUGCAAUUUGCUUUUGCAUUAUGAAAGAAAACUUGUCUUCAUUCAGACAACAUAAAAACUUGAAAGUCACAACGAUGCAGCAUGAGGAGGGGGCCUGUAGAAGAGAGUUGGUCUCCCUGGAAGAGACUAGAAGAGGAGCAUUCAGUGAAGGGAACAUUGAAGUAAAAUUCUGUGAUCGAUCCUUUCCUAAGAAGACCUCUAGAAGACAGCUGGCUUUGUUCUCAUCAGAAUUCACUGGGCACACUUCACUGGAAUCCUAGCAAAAAUGGCUCUUUGUGUUCCAAUGUUUGGCAAUGGUUUUUCAAGUAUUAUAUUUAAAAUGCUUUGCUUAAUAUACACAAUACGAAGAUGUUUUGCGUUUGCCUCAAUUGAGACUAGUAGCUACUAGGUUUAGAUAUGGUCAUCACUGCAGUAGGCAAACAGUCCACAGUAGUUUUUCCAUUUGUUUUUUUUUUAAAGUUUUAUGUUGCUUUUUCUGUUUUAUUAUGUCUUUUUAGUAUAAGAAAUUAAUCCUUGCCCUGCCAGAUGAACUGUGUUUAGACUAUUUGCCAAUCAGUGUAAUAGCAAAAAAUCCCAAACAAACCUGUGAUCAUGAAUCACAUCCGUGCUAUUUGAUAUCCUAAUAAUCAGUAUUUGGUUAUUUUUUUAAAAUAAUGUCUCCAACCUGAAUAACAAGGGAAAAAACCCUAGAAACUUAUUUUCUACAGGAGUGCAGAGUAAGUUUUGAGAAGCAUUUCUGACAGAGAAAGCAACCCAAAACCAAUUCAGAAAUCAUUUUUUGAUUUCAGAGGAUUUGAAAACCAGCUAUUAAGUAAACAUAACAACAUAGUUGACACAGUGGAGCCAGUGUUAACUGAUAAGAAAUAUAGCCCUACUGCCUAUGAAUAGGACUGGCUUUCCAAGACACAGAACAACACUGCUUAAAAGCAAUUUAGGAUUUGUCAUGGCAGAUUUUCUUACCAAGUUAGAUGGAAAAUAGUUUUUACAUUUCUCCAAAGGAACUUGCAGUGAUCAGCACAUACAGGCUACUAUGCAGCAAAGUUACCAACUCCCCUUCAGUGUUUAAUUACAUCUAUUGGGAUAAUUAUCUUAGAAUUGUUAUUUCACCCACAAGUAAGUGCUGGAGAAGCAGGAAGCUUUGCAUGUGUUACAGAAUGUAAAGGCAGCCUGCCAGCACAGCAAGUCCGCUUCUACUAUAUGAUGCAUAGACAAAAGACUAAUGUACAAAUAUCUUAAAACUGAAUUCUGAUUUCAAAAUAUCCACCAGCUACUUUGUUUCAUUUUGUUAUAAAUUUGUUGCAAAACAAGUAUAAGGCAACAAGUAACGAUAUAGACAUAGACAUGGACACAUAAAAAAAAAUUGGCACAAAUAAAAGGAUAUAAAUAGGCAAAACAUAGCCAUAAACACAUAGAAUGAUUACAUAUAAAUGGGAACAGGAGGACAGGGACGGUAGGCACGCUGGUGUGCUUAUGCACGCCCCCUUAGGGACCUCUUAAGAAAAAUGAAAGGUCCACGGUAGACAGUUUAAGGUAAAAGGUAUGGGAUUAGAGAGUCUAAGAACAGGAUCAGGUAGAGUGUUCCGGACAUUUACUACUCUAUUGCAGAAGUCAUAUUUCCUAGAAUCAAGAUUAAAGUGAUUAACAUUGAGUUUGAAUCUAUUGAUAGCCCUUGUGUUAUUAUGGUUGAAAUGUUAGCACACUUGUUUUUACAAGCUAGAGACAUGAACCAUCAUAAGGGCCUUUGGACAUCAAAAGCACAUAAUUCCUGUUUUAUAUGUUGUCCAAUGACCAUUCAGUAGAGCUUCUGCUCGUUACUUUAUGGAAGUAGCAUUAGUGAGUUAUAGUUUGUACUUACUAGAUGAAAUUGCAGCUGAAUAAUUUGCAGCCCUGUUUCUCUGGCUCUUUAGUCAUUAGUGUAAUCCAAGAUUUGUUGACAACAAUCUCUAGAUUUAUUUUCUUUAUUGGAUUUAUGUGAUGCUGUCUUGUCUAGCGAUGAGGAGUAGCUAGAUAUGUAAAUAAACACACUGUAAAUAUAUAGCACUUAUUUAUAAACUAUUUAAUUUUUCUGCCUUUGUUUAGCAUCUAGACUUAUUACUAAUUUGGGUACAUUCAAACUUAGUUAUUUUGUAACUUUUUAUUUUAAAGAUGCUAAAAGUAUAAACAGAUCUUUUGCUUGGUCAGCACAGCACUUUUCUUUUUGUAUUAAUAAUACUGCUCUACUAUUUUUGAUCCCCGUCUUUGCUUACUGGAGCAAAACAAAGUUUGUAACUUUUUUUCAGUGAGAAAAUGGCACCUUCCUGGCUUAACUAGAAAGCCUAAUGAAACAUUUAACUUUAUCUAUUACAUUCUGAAAGGUUUCUAAAGCCAAAAUUACAGCUAAAAUAUUUGUAAAAAAUAUUAUCAAUGUAUAUAUAAUUUUAAAAAUAAUAAAAUAGAAAUUUAUCCUUAAUUUAUCAUUUCCUUCCUCCUUGUGAAUGGCACUGCUACUAUAUUUUAAAAGUAAUCAACAGUUCUAAAAAUUUUUGAGAUACUUUCUACAAAACUAGUGAUAGAAUCUAAAUAUGUCCUGAAUUUUUAACUAUUCGAUACAGGGAAAGGUUAUCAUGGAGAUACUGGUUUUAUCACAGAAUGAGUACAAUCCCUUUUCUAUUUUUUAAAUUCACGAUAAGUUGGUGAUAUGGAAAUUUAAUUUCUAUAUUAUAGGUAUUUUCCCCUGAGGAUACAAUAGAUAGAAGACUUUAAGACCUGCAUCUCAAACAAAUCCAUGACAUGCAUUCAUUAGAGUUGAGCAAGCCUAGAAUCCCAAUUGAACAUAUUAAAAGUAUGGAAAGUGCUCUAGUGUGCAUAAAUUUAGGUAUCCUUAGUCUGCAUUAAGCAUACUUAGUUUAUUGCAGAAUGCUUUGGCAUUGUAAUGAACCUAGUAAACAGUAUAGAUGAAGCAGGAUGUCUCCACUGGUUGAAGGAACAUCCUUUCCUUCAUAUGUGUAAGAAAUCUGAAACUUCAAUAGAAAAGCUGAUGGAAAUAUAAAAACGAAGAAUAGCUUUUUUUCUGAUCUCACUGAAUAUUCAGAAACUGGAUGUAGUUAUGAGCAUAAUGGAAAUUGAUUCUUUAUCUCCAUUAUUAGUAACAUCAAUAUGUUGCUGAAACGCUACUUAAUAAGGAUAGGAUAUCAAGUUGACCAAUAGGAAACUAAUAUAUUCUGUCAUGUAUUUUAAGCUAAAUUAUUGAUACAUAGCAAUACAUGGUAAUGA